CUUCUACCUCAUGCUAACUCACUCCAAGCGUCGACUCUGACAAGCAGCGAGAAAAUAUAAGCAACUGAAGCAAACUUUCACUCUCACCGGCUCCUAAAACCCUAACCAACUGAAGCAAACUUUCUUCAUUCACAACCGGAUCCUUCAUUCGGAUCUACCCGCCCGUUUCCAAUGGCGACUCCAACAGAGUCUCUCCUCACCAUCGCCGGGUCAGUCUCCACCCCAUCGACCAGGAAACGGGUUCGCAUCUUCCGCGACGAAAUUUCUUCCAUUCUCAACAACUCAGAAAUGGGUACAGAGCCUGCAUUGCUGUUGGUAGAUAUAAUAUUUAAAACAUUGUACAUUUAUGAUGAUCGUGGGUCAAGGAAAGCUGUUGAUGACAUCAUUACAAAAGGUUUACAAGAGGUUGCUUUCAUGAAAAGUUUUGCAGCAGCCCUUGUGCAGGUCAUGGAAAGACAAGUGAGGGUGCAAUCACAUGUUGGCUGCUACAGACUUCUCCAGUGGUCGUGUCUCCUUUUCAGUAAGAGUAAUUUUGCUACAGUCUCGAAGAAUGCAUUGUGUAAAGUUGCCACAGUGCAGGCAUCAUUAAUUCAUAUUGUUAUGCAAAGAUCUUUCCGCGAGCGAAGGGCUUGCAAGAAGACAUUUUGUCACUUAUUUUCUCAGUCACCGGACAUUUACAAAAUGUAUAUAGAGGAACUUAAAGAUGCACGUAUCCCAUACAAAGAUAGUCCUGAGUUAAUAUGGUUGUUGAUGGAGUUCUCAAGUACCUCAAGCAAAUUAUCUUCUUUGUUUGAGCAAUGCAAGCCAACGUUUCUGGAUAUAUAUCUUAAGGCAAUUUUAAAUGCAAGGGAAAAGCCAGCAAAGGGUCUUAGUGAAGCUUUUCAUCCACUUUUUAGAUAUAUGUUACAUGAAGAUUUCCAAAACAUUGUGCUUCCAUCUGCUGUUAAAAUGCUGAAACGUAACCCUGAGAUUGUACUGGAAUCUGUUGGGAUUCUCUUGAAUUCAGUCAACCUUGAUUUAAGUAAGUAUGCGAUCGAAAUUCUUUCAGUGGUAUUGCCACAGGCUCGGCAUGCAGAUGAAGGCAGAAGGGUUGGGGCGCUGGCAAUUAUACGAUGUUUGAGCCAAAAGUCUAGUAAUCCGGAUGCUUUAGAAGCAAUGUUCAAUGCUGCCAAAUCUGUAAUUGGAGGGUCAGAGGGAAGACUUACAUUUCCUUACCAGAGAAUUGGCAUGAUCAAUGCACUGCAAGAAAUGUGUAAUGCUCCAGAUGGGAAACAUCUCAACAGCCUGUCACAAACCUUAUGCAGUUUCCUUUUAUCGUGUUACAAGGAUGAGGGAAAUGAGGAGGUGAAGCUGGCAAUUUUGUCCGCUCUGGGUUUGUGGGCAGCAAGAUCUGCUGAUGCCAUUCAAUCAGAUGUAGUUUUGUUUUUCUCAUCUGGUCUUAAGGAGAAGGAAGCUCUAAGAAGAGGUCAUCUUCGUUGUCUACGAGCCAUAUGCAAAAAUACAGAUGCUGUUUUCCGGAUAUCAUCAUUACUGGAACCUCUCAUCCAACUUGUCAAAACUGGUUUUACGAAAGCAGCUCAGCGUUUGGAUGGUAUAUAUGCCUUGCUAUUAGUUGUGAAGAUUGCAGCUGUUGACAUCAAAGCAGAGGAGACUGUUGUGAAGGACAAGAUCUGGUCUUUGAUAUCUCAAAAUGAGCCUUCACUUGUACCAAUAUCCAUGGCUUCAAAAUUGUUGACUGAAGAUUGCAUGGCAUGUGUUGAUCUUCUUGAAGUGAUGCUGGUGGAACAUCUGCAGAGGGUACUGGACUCCUUUUCACUCAGAUUACUGUCACAGUUGAUUAUCUUUUUCAUAUGCCACCCAUGUUGGGAAGUUCGAAGAAUGACUUAUGACGCUACAAGAAGGAUAGUUCCUGCUGCUCCACAAUUAACUGAAUAUCUUUUAGUUGAAUUCACGAAUUUCAUGUCUGUAGUCGCAGAGAAACUUCGUAUUUCAAAUUCAAGUGAAACAGAUAAUUCAUUGGACACUCAAGUUCCAUUCCUUCCAUCAGUUGAGGUUUCAGUAAAGGCUUUAGUUGUGAUAUCAUCAGCAGCUCUACCUGCAGCUCCAAGGGCAUCAAUGCGAGUUUUAUUCUGCGCACAUCAUCCGUACAUUGUUGGAACUGCAAAGAGAGAUGCAGUUUGGAGGAGGGUGCAAAAAUGUUUGCAUACAUGCGGUUUUGACGUCAUCAGCAACAUUUUGGCUGAUGUGGAGAAUUUUUGCAAGACCCUACUUGGACCAAUGUGGUUGUCCAGCUCUAAUUCAUUUGAACAGCAAGCAGCAAUUUCCUCCUUAUCCACUUUGAUGUCCAUUGCACCUGGAGAAACCUAUGCGGAGUUUGAAAAGCACUUGAAAAGUCUUCCAUACCGUUAUUCACAUGAUACACUUUCAGAAAAUGAUGUUCAGAUUUUUCAUACUCCUGAAGGCUUGCUUUCCAGUGAGCAAGGUGUCUACAUUGCAGAGUCUGUUGCUGCUAAGAACAUGAAACAAGCGAAGGGCCGUUUUCGGAUGUAUGAGGAUGCCACGGACCAUGGUGGUUCUAAUCAUUCUGCAAAAGUAGAGCCAGCCAACGGUUCUACAGGUAAAAGGGAAACUGGGAAGUCUGCAAAGAAACCUGAUAAAGGAAGGACUGCAAAAGAGGAGGCACGUGAGUUACAACUUAGGGAGGAGUCAUCCAUACGUGAGAAGGUCCAAGAAAUACAGAAAAAUCUAUCUUCCAUACUUAAAGCACUUGGGGAAAUGGCCAUUGCUAAUCCUAUUUUCGCACACAGUCAGCUUCCUUCCCUGGUUAACUAUGUUGAUCCAUUGCUAAGGUCACCAAUAGUCAGUGAUGUGGCAUUUGAAACUGUGGUGAAACUUGCUAGAUGCACUGCUCCACCUCUCUGCAAUUGGGCCCUUGACAUUGCUACAGCUUUGCGCUUAGUUGUGACUGAAGAAGUUCGUCUUGUGGGUGAUAUGAUUCCAUCAGUUGGUGAAGCGGAAGCCAAUGAAAAACCGUAUUUGAGUCUAUUUGAGCGAAUAAUUAAUGGCCUUUCUGUAUCUUGUAAAUCCGGACCGCUUCCUGUAGAUUCUUUUACCUUCGUCUUCCCUAUAAUGGAGCGAAUUCUGUUAUGCUCUAAGAAGACAGGACUUCACGAUGCUGUGCUUCGGAUUCUUUAUUUGCACAUGGACCCCCUAUUACCCCUUCCGAGGCUUCGAAUGAUUUCAGUUCUUUAUCAUGUUCUUGGUGUUGUUCCUGCUUAUCAAGCGUCUGUUGGACCUGCGUUGAAUGAGUUGUGUUUGGGUCUGCGACCAGAUGAAGUGGCGCCAGCUCUAUAUGGGGUUUAUGCGAAAGAUGUUCAUGUUAGAAUGGCCUGCCUAAGUGCUGUCAAAUGUAUUCCUGCUGUUGCCAGUCGUUCUCUUCCUCAGAACGUUGAGGUCGCUACAAGCAUUUGGGUUGCUUUACAUGACCCUGAAAAGUCAGUUGCAGAAGCCGCAGAGGAUUUAUGGGAUCGCUAUGGGUAUGACUUUGGGACUGACUAUUCAGGCCUUUCCAAAGCACUUUCCCAUAUCAAUUAUAAUGUCCGUUUUGCUGCUGCGGAGGCAUUAGCUGCUGCUUUGGAUGAAUGUCCAGAUACUAUACAGGAAUCUCUUUCUACUUUAUUUUCUCUGUAUAUCCGUGAUGCUGGUUUGACUGAGGACAAUGUUGAUGCUGGUUGGCUGGGCCGACAAGGUGUAGCGUUGGCAUUACAUUCUUCUGCUGAUGUACUCAGAACGAAAGACCUUCCUGUUGUUAUGACAUUUCUGAUUUCAAGAGCACUGGCCGAUCCUAAUGCUGAUGUUAGGGGAAGAAUGAUUACUGCUGGUAUUAUGAUUAUUGAUAAGCAUGGCAGGGAUAACGUUUCCUUGCUAUUUCCCAUCUUUGAGAACUACUUAAACAAAAAGGCAUCGGAUGAAGAGAAAUAUGAUUUGGUUCGUGAGGGAGUUGUGAUUUUCACCGGAGCAUUGGCAAAACACUUGGCAAAGGAUGAUCCAAAAGUUCAUACUGUUGUAGAGAAGUUGUUGGAUGUGUUAAACACUCCAUCAGAAGCUGUUCAACGGGCGGUUUCAGCAUGCCUAUCUCCAUUAAUGCAAUCAAAGCAAGAUGAUGGACCAGCUCUUGUCUCAAGGCUUUUGGAUAAACUGAUGAUGAGUGACAAAUAUGGGGAACGUCGAGGAGCUGCGUUUGGGCUUGCUGGGGUGGUCAAGGGAUUCGGUAUUUCUUGCUUGAAGAAGUAUGGGAUUGUAACUCUACUACAAGAAGGUCUUGUAGAUAGGAGUUCUGCAAAAUGUCGUGAAGGAGCUUUACUUGGAUUUGAGUGUCUCUGUGAAUCACUUGGACGACUAUUUGAACCGUAUGUAAUUCAAAUGUUGCCACUACUGUUGGUUUCGUUCUCUGAUCAAGUUGUUGCAGUUCGUGAAGGUGCUGAGUGUGCAGCUCGUGCAAUGAUGUCUCAACUUAGUGCUCAAGGAGUUAAACUGGUCCUCCCAUCUCUUUUAAAGGGUCUUGAAGAUAAAGCUUGGCGAACAAAGCAAAGUAGUGUCCAACUGCUUGGGGCUAUGGCCUAUUGUGCUCCUCAACAGCUGUCUCAGUGUCUCCCUAAGAUUGUACCAAAACUGACCGAGGUUUUAACAGAUACACAUCCUAAAGUCCAGUCAGCUGGACAAACAGCACUUCAACAGGUUGGGAGUGUAAUAAAGAAUCCUGAAAUAGCUUCCUUGGUCCCAACUCUUCUACUGGGUCUGACGGAUCCAAAUGACUAUACAAAGUACUCUCUUGAUAUUCUCUUACAAACAACUUUUAUUAAUACAAUUGAUGCUCCUUCACUGGCACUGUUGGUGCCGAUAGUUCAUAGAGGGCUGCGGGAAAGGAGUGCAGAGACUAAAAAGAAAGCAGCCCAAAUAGUUGGCAAUAUGUGUUCGUUAGUUACGGAACCUAAGGAUAUGAUUCCGUAUAUUGGGUUGCUUCUCCCUGAAGUGAAAAAGGUUCUUGUGGAUCCAAUUCCAGAAGUUCGGUCAGUUGCAGCAAGGGCCCUUGGAUCCCUUAUACGGGGAAUGGGCGAAGAUCAUUUCCCAGAUCUUGUGCCAUGGCUGUUUGAUACACUUAAAUCUGAUAAUAGUAAUGUUGAGCGCUCUGGAGCUGCUCAAGGGUUGAGUGAGGUGUUAGCUGCACUCGGGACUCAGUACUUUGAGCAUGUACUUCCUGAUGUUAUCCGGAACUGUUCUCACCAAAAAGCGUCUGUCCGUGACGGAUAUUUGACAUUAUUUAAGUAUCUACCGAGGUCAUUGGGAGUCCAAUUCCAGAAUUAUCUACAGCAGGUGCUGCCUUCUAUUUUAGAUGGUCUUGCUGAUGAAAAUGAGUCUGUACGUGAGGCAGCACUAGGUGCAGGGCAUGUCCUGGUUGAGCAUUAUGCGACAACGUCUUUACCUUUGCUCCUUCCUGCUGUUGAGGAUGGUAUCUUUAACGAUAGUUGGCGGAUUCGACAAAGCUCUGUGGAGUUAUUGGGUGAUCUCUUAUUUAAGGUUGCUGGGACUUCUGGAAAAGCUUUACUUGAGGGUGGCAGUGAUGAUGAAGGUGCUAGUACUGAGGCACACGGGCGGGCUAUCAUUGAGGUUCUGGGAAGGGAAAAGCGUGAUGAAGUUCUUGCUGCGUUAUAUAUGGUUCGAACUGAUGUCAGCUUAUCUGUUCGUCAGGCUGCGUUGCAUGUAUGGAAAACUAUUGUGGCAAAUACUCCAAAGACUCUAAAGGAAAUAAUGCCAGUUUUAAUGAAUACUCUGAUUGCCUCUCUUGCAUCAUCGUCCUCUGAAAGGCGGCAGGUUGCUGGACGAUCACUGGGUGAGCUUGUUAGGAAACUUGGUGAAAGAGUGCUUCCUUUGAUCAUCCCAAUUUUAUCCCAAGGGCUGAAGGACUCUGACACCAGCAGAAGACAAGGUGUAUGCAUAGGUUUGAGUGAAGUAAUGGCAAGUGCUGGUAAAAAUCAGUUGUUGAGUUUCAUGGAUGAGCUCAUCCCUACAAUUCGAACUGCUCUUUCUGAUAGCAUGCCCGAGGUUCGUGAGUCUGCUGGCUUAGCAUUCAGCACUCUCUACAAGAGUGCUGGACUGCAAGCAAUCGAUGAAAUUGUUCCCACUCUUUUGCGUGCAUUGGAGGAUGAUCAAACUUCUGAUACUGCUCUUGAUGGCCUCAAACAAAUCUUAAGUGUGAGGAUUACUGCUGUUUUGCCCCACAUCUUACCCAAGCUGGUCCACCUUCCACUUACUGCGUUUAAUGCACAUGCUCUUGGAGCUGUAGCUGAGGUUGCUGGACCUGGCCUUAACUCUCAUCUUGGUACCGUUAUUCCUGCUCUACUUUCUGCAAUGGGUGCUGAUGAAAAGGAAGUUCAAACUUUGGCCAGGGAGGCAGCUGAAACUGUGGUCUUAGUCAUAGAUGAGGAAGGUGUUGAAUCUCUUAUAUCUGAACUUGUUAGAGCUGUCAGUGAUAGUCAGGCCUCAAUUAGAAGAAGUUCUUCAUAUCUUAUAGGCUAUUUCUUCAAAAACAGUAAAUUAUAUUUGGUUGAUGAAGCUCCAAACAUGAUAUCUACCUUGAUUGUCUUGCUCAGUGACUCAGAUUCAGCUACUGUGGCGAUUUCUUGGGAAGCUUUGUCAAGGGUUGUAAGUUCUGUUCCCAAGGAGGUACUUCCUUCAUAUAUUAAAUUAGUACGAGAUGCUGUCUCUACUUCCAGGGAUAAGGAGCGCAGGAAGAAGAAGGGAGGACCAAUUCUCAUACCUGGAUUUUGUUUACCAAAAGCACUUCAACCAUUGCUUCCAAUAUUUCUACAGGGCUUAAUAAGUGGAUCUGCUGAACUAAGAGAGCAAGCGGCACUGGGUCUUGGUGAACUGAUUGAGGUGACUAGUGAACAGGCACUGAAAGAAUUUGUCAUCCCAAUAACAGGGCCUCUUAUCCGGAUAAUAGGUGAUCGGUUCCCUUGGCAGGUGAAGAGUGCUAUUUUAUCUACUUUGGCAAUCAUGAUAAGAAAGGGUGGGAUGGCGUUGAAACCUUUUCUUCCUCAGCUUCAAACAACAUUUGUAAAGUGUCUACAGGAUAACACAAGAAUUGUUCGUUCAAGUGCUGCCCUUGCACUUGGGAAGCUUAGUGCUCUCAGUACCCGGGUUGACCCUUUAGUUGGAGACCUCCUAUCCAGUUUGCAGGCUUCGGAUAGUGGGGUUCGGGAGGCAAGUUUGUCUGCUUUAGAAGGUGUCCUGAAGCAUGCUGGGAAGAGCUUGAGCAGUGCUGUUAGAACUCGUGUCUACUUGCACCUUAAGGAUUUGAUUUGUAAUGAUGAUGACCAGGUUCGGAUAUCUGCUGCAAGCAUUUUGGGUAUCACAUCCCAGUACGUAGAAGAUGAUCAACUGUCUGAGCUGCUUCAGGAACUCUCAAAUUUGCCGUUGUCUCUUAGCUGGUCUGCUAGGCAUGGCUCCAUACUCACAAUUUCAUCUAUGCUCAGGCACAACCCAUCCGUUAUUUGUACGUCUCCAGAGUUUCCGUCUAUUCUGGACCAGCUUAAAAGUGCCUUGACUGAUGAGAAGUUCCCUCUUCGUGAAACUUCAACCAAGGCAUUUGGGAGACUUCUGAUUCAUAAGUUCCGAAGUGAUCCAUCUAAUAGCUCAGUUCAUUCUGAUAUUAUAUCGUCCUUAGUGUCAGCUUUGCACGAUGAUUCUAGUGAAGUUAGAAGAAAGGCAUUAUCUGCUAUAAAAGCAGGUUCUAAGGAAAAUUCCUCGGCUAUUUUGGCUCAUAUGAAUAUUAUUGGACCCGCACUUGCUGAAUGCUUGAAAGAUGGAAGCACUCCUGUGAGACUUGCAGCGGAAAGAUGUGCUCUGCAUGCUUUCCAAUUGACAAAGGGUCCUGAAAAUGUCCAAGCUGCACAAAAAUUCAUCACAGGCUUGGAUGCUAGACGAAUAUCAAAGAUCCCUGAAAACAGUGAUGAUAGCGACAGUGAGGACUUGGCAAGUGGCUGAAAAUGUAUGUUGUUUGACGAGCCACGAAUAUCUUGUUUAUCAAAAGUGGAGGUAUAGAAAAUCCAUAUGUUUGGGAUGCCAGCAUAAGGUUUUAUGGCACAUUUUUAUCAAAGAAUUGCGGAUAUACAAAUCAUAGAGGCCUCCAUACCCAAUUUUUCUCACCUGGGUAUUAUAAGUUGAAUGUAAUUGUUGAUUGGAUAUCAUAUAUAUAAUCAAAGGAUCAUGUAUAGAACGAGAGCGCAUGUUGGCUUUUCCCAUUUUUGUAAGCUACAUCAAAUAUUUCAUAUAAUGUUUCAUCUUA